AGGUAUUGUAAAAGGGCUUGUGUCUGUACUUUAAGCCAUAUUCCUUCUUUUUUUCCCCCUAGUUUUUUACAGGCUGGUGGAUAAUCAUAGAUGCAGCUGUGAAAUACCCUAAAGUGGAAGACUUCAACCACUCCUACCAUGCCUGUGGGGUUAUAGCCACCAUUGCAUUCCUGAUGAUCAACGCGGUGUCCAACGGGCAGGUGCGGGGGGACAGUUACAGCGAGGGCUGCCUGGGGCAGACAGGGGCUCGGAUCUGGCUGUUCAUUGGGUUUAUGAUGGCUUUUGGAUCUCUCAUUGCUUCCAUGUGGAUCCUUUUUGGAGGCUAUGUUGUUAAAGAAAAACCAGUGGUAUACCCAGGAAUAGCCGUGUUUUUCCAGAAUGCAUUCAUCUUUUUUGGAGGACUGGUCUUCAAGUUUGGUCGCACGGAAGAUUUGUGGCAGUGAACUCCCCUCUGGAAGUGCCCUGGCCAGGCUGGGUUUUAACUGCACACUCCCAAAAUUUUGUAAAAAAACCAUUUUGUAAACCGUGACCUUCCAUUAUGUCAAAAGAUAAAUCAAGGAAAGCUGAAAGCACGAAAAAUUCCAGCUCUAUUCUCUUUGAUUUUUUUUUUUGUUUUUUUACUCUUGUACGUCCACUUAAAUGUCGUGAUGUUUUUUGACAAAUGUAAAGUUGCUACAAGUAACGGUGGAGUCACUUUUCUGAUACAUUUGCUACAAAUAAACAGGAUAAUGGAACAUGGAUGUAUUUAA